CUAACGUAGUCGGCAGUUGUAACAGAGAUCUUGGGCAACGUACUUCGCAAACAUAUUUACUCAGUUACAUGUUCUAUAAAAGUGCAACAGGAUUAAACGGUAUACCGAUCCGUGUUCAGAAUAAACUUAUAAAAAUUAGAAAACCAUAAAAUUGAAAAACAAUACUAAUGCCUAUGCGACUGAUAAAGAAUUCAGUGAUAAUCUCGUAUCAUACACGUCCAUGAUCUCAAGCUCGUGCAGUGUAAACGCCAAUGCUUUAAUUAACCAAUUGACGACGAGCGGAUAAUUUGACAAAGUACUCGACAAAAUGCCGGAAGUGAAUGGUAAAAAUGACGCUGAGAAGAUGCUGGAUGCCGAUUGCAACAUACGUAUUCAAGAAACGGAAAAAUUGUUGGAAUCCACGAAAUCGCAGAACUUGCGAAUGUUAAUCGAAUUCAACGAUCUCUGUUACUCGGUUCAAAAUCGAAAAGGAAUUGAGAAAACAAUCUUACAUGAUGUCACGGGGCAUUUCGAACCGGAAAAAGUCACCGUGAUAAUCGGUCCUUCCGGUGCGGGCAAGACUACCUUGCUGAAAAUUAUAUCAGGCAAACGAUCGAUUAAUUUUAAAGGUACCAUCACCGUAAAUGGCACUGAACAGAAUAGAGAAACAUUUCGCAAACAAGUGUGCUAUGUACCGCAACAAUUUGAUUUAUUGCCAUUCCUCACAACAAGAGAAACUCUUUACAUAGCGGCUCGACUGAAACUUGACGUUAAUAAGAACAAACAAGCGAUUGAUUCAGUUGUGAACAAUAUUGCAGAGAAUCUCAGCUUGUCAAAUUGCUUGGAUACACUGGCGUACAAAUUAAGCGGUGGCGAACGAAAGAGACUCUCUAUCGGCGUAGAAAUAAUCACCAAGCCAUCUGUUCUCUUAUUAGAUGAGCCAACAAGCGGUCUUGAUAGUGCGGCGUCUAAUCAGCUCAUUAAUAUGCUGCACAACAUAGCGAAAGCGAACUGCACUGUAGUUUGCGCAAUACAUCAACCCAGCAGUAAGAUGAUUGCGCUCUUCGAUGACAUUAUGGUACUUAAUCGAGGCAGAUGUAUGUAUUGCGGUACAAAAAGCGAGAUCUUAAACACAUACAGCAUCGCCGGAUUCGCGUGUCCCAACUUCUAUAACAUAGCUGAAUUUGUGCUCGAAGUGAUAACUGAGCAACAAGAUGGAGAUUUAGAAAAUUUAUAUCAGGUCUGUCGUGAUGAAUACAAAAAAUCCAGAAAGUGCAGUAAACAUAAUAAAAAUAAACUGAAUUUCAAACAGACAUUUGAAACUAAUGAUACACUCAUAGAUAGCAUAGUACAAGAAAAAUCGACAUGGCAACAGCAAAAGAUUUUAUUUUUAAGAUCUCUCAUCUGCAUCAAGCGAGAUAAUACUUUGACAAAAUUAAGAUUUGCAGCACACAUUUUAGUCGCGCUGUUAUUAGGAAUAGUUUUCUACAAUUUCGGCAAUGACGCAGGAAAAGCGGACAGUAACAUCGCUUGUUUAUUUUUCAUCAUAUUAUUUUUAUUCUUCGCAAAUUCUAUGCCAGCAGUGCAGAUGUUUCCCACGGAAGCGACAGUAUUCCUACAAGAACACUUAAAUAAUUGGUACUCUUUAUGGUCGUACUACAGUGUAAAAAUAUUAACGGAUCUCCCUAUGCAAAUACUUUGCGCCUCAUCUUUCAUGUUCAUAACAUACUACAUGACAGGACAGCCAAUGGAAUAUGACAGAAUUCUAGAAACGUGGAGCAUUUGCGUGUUAAUUACAAUUCUUGGGCAAACAGUUGGGAUACUUACAGGCACAGCUUUUAACACUGAGUUAGGUGUUUUUAUAAUACCGGCAGUCAGUAUACCAUUAUUGCUGUUCUCUGGAUUUUUUUUGAAAUUAGGACAAAUGUCGGAGUACUUACGGCCUUUAUGCAUUGUGAGCUUUUUCAGAUAUGCACUUGAAGGAAUGAUGCAAGCAAUUUAUCUUGACCGAUUUAAUCUAAUGUGUUUGGAAAUCUACUGUUAUUUGAGUUCACCAAGCAAGAUUCUCUCGAUAAUGGGCAUGCCAACUGUACCAGUUUACGUAACUUUGAUAAUACUUAGCUGUUGGAUAUUUUGUUUACACAUAAUUACUUAUGUAGUAUUUCGUUGGAGAAUUUAUUAUGCAAAAAAGUGAUAUUAAUAUUCAGGGAAUCAAAAAUAAUAAAUAUUCUUAUAAAUAUUAACUUUUAACGUUAUAAUAAAAAUGGUAACGUGUUAUAAUAAUAAUGAUGAUAAACUUGGAAGAUCUUGUUUGCUGAUUUGUCAAUUUUCAAAGGGUUGAAUUAAAUGUAACUGUUUUAUAAUGUAUUCAUUGUUUCAACAAUCAGCAAACAUUUGACAUUUUCUUGAUAAUUUUUAAAGAAUAUCACAUUAAAAUACUUAUUUUUUAAUAAACAGUGCUUUUGCAUCUUAAAA